CCUCGAGCUAAAUUUCCACAGUUUUUACAUAGAGGAAGGUGUACGUAAACUUAAGCUGAGUUUUUUAAUUAUUAUUCCAAAAUUAUGAAGGAUAUUAGUGUAAAAGACGAUACAGUGGAGGAAAAAGCGAAGGUUAACAUAGCUGCCGAAGAUUCAGCUUCAAAAAUGAUAGUAAAUAACAUAACAAAGGAGGAGGUGAAACAAGAAGGACGACAGCCACGUGAAGGUGAAGAUAACAGUGAACAAAAAGAAUUGAAUUGUUUGACUGAGGAUCUUCAGAAGCUGAACAUUGUAACAGAUGAGGCGAAAGAUGAAAAACACAGUGUGGAUGGUGAAUAUAUAACAAGGGGGCCCACUGGUGGUAUUCCUGCCCAACCUCAUGGAAUGAUGAGAGAGAAAAAUCUCCCAAUUGGACCAACUGGCAAUUACAUGCCACCACAGAUGAUACAUCAACAGCCUCAGAUGAAGGGAAAUAGAAGAACGCUUGAUGAAGCAGACGACCAACCUCAGAAAUUUUUUAGACCCCCUGUACCAGCAGUUUUUCCAUAUGGUAAUAUCCAAAUGCAACAACAAACAGCUUUUCCACAACAGUAUGGAAAUGCACCAACAUUUCAACAGAACUUUCCGAGAAAUGAUCUGAAUCAACCAAUGAUGAACCCUCCUAUGUUUAAUUUCAGCACAGAACAAGGAUUUCCCUUCGGCGAGGUAACUACUACAGACGUAAGAAAUACAACCAAUAUGUCAGGUGGCAAGGUCACUGUACAGUCACCAGUUACUGGUAAUCCAGCUCCGUUCCCACAAGUAAACUUCGCAGAUGACUUGCUGGAAGAAAUCGCAGAACAGCAGAAAAUGUCAACAGUCAGUCAAGGAAAUAUGCCAAACUUUACAACUGAGCAGCUUGGUAGCAAUAACACAUGGGAUAACUUGAAUAAUUUUGAUCGUGACAGCUUUAAGGAAAUGCGAAGGCGAUCAGAUCCUGACAGUGGCAUAGAGUCAGAGGGUGGGAGUCCAUGGUCAGAGCAAGCCCCAAGCCCAAGCAGCUCGGUGUAUACAUCUCCACCAUCAGUUGAAAGUGGUGUUGGACGAAGCCCAAUGCAUGAAAGUCAGUAUCAGCAUGGUAUGUCACCUCCAAAGUACCCAGGCGUUACAUCCCCUGCCAGUUACAGGGCAACUCCAUCACCUGCCAACACCUCUGGUUAUGGAAGUCCAGGUCAGCCACAGUUGGAAGAUAAUGAUUUCAUAAAUGAAGCGUUACUAGAAGACGCUAUGGCUGUGAUAAAUGCAGACCUGAUCUCCACAGAGGAAUCGAAAAAGAAGAGACAGUUGUCAUCUUCGUCACAGCAACAGGUGCCACCAAUGGUCCCAGCCAACAACAUAAUGGCACCACCGAAUAUGACCAACCAGCCCCAGUCCCAAGGCAUAAUUAGACCACCCAUGAUGAUACAGCAAAUGCCCAACCAGGCAAUGCCCCCAAAUUCAGGGUUUAUACCGGUUACAACAUCGGGUGCUCCACAGCAGAUUAUUAUACUUCCUGCUCCACAACAACAAAAUGCAAACCAGCAAGUUAUUCUCGUACCAGUGCAAACCAGCCCGGCGCCGACGAAGAAACCAGGACAGACACAGUAUAAGAAAAUCCUACCAAAGAUUUCAACGUCCAAUUCCUCAGCAGCAGGGGGCUCAGGCAUGACAUCAACAAAUUGCAGUGGGCAAACUUCUGUUUCUAUGUCACACAAAGCUGGCAGUGCUUCAAACAGAAAUCAGACAAGUCAGCAAGCAGCUGCUGCUUCUCAGCAACAGAAUAAACUGUUGAUGAUAGCUCGACGCACUGUAGCAGAUAUUCCACGUGAAGAUCUGAGAAAAUCGGACGAAGAGGGUGACACGUACCUACAUAUUGCUGUUUGUAAGACAGACAAGCACAUGGUGCAAGCUUUACUGGAACGAUUGCACAGAGAGAAACUAGAACACCUUGUUGAUCAAGAGAACCAUAAGCGUCAGACCCCGCUAUAUUUAGCAGUCUUCAUCAACCAACCUGUCAUGGUGGCCAUGUUCAUCAAGUUUCAAGCCAAUGUUAAUGUUCUUGCUCAGAAUUUAUCUAGUGAUGGUGCAACAACUGAAGUGAAAUCGGCAAUACAUGUCGCGGCUUCCCAAGGUGUCGAGUAUCACAGAACGUUAAUCGAACUUCUCAAGGCGAAGGAUAUGCAGAUUAAUAUUGUCAACAACUACGGUCAGACUGCUUUGCACUGUGCCAUACUUGCUCAUGGUAAACCAAAACGGAAUGGACAGGACAGAAUUAAAAGUGUUGAGAUCAUUCAGACACUCAUCAAACAUGGAGCUGACCCCUCAGCACAGGAUAAGAAGAGUGGCAAGACCCCAUUAAUGUACGCAAUAGAACAAAAAAAUCUGGCAUUGGUCGAUACCAUUCUCAGAACAGUAGAUCCGGACAAAGUGAAAAAUGUUGUGAAAACUCAAGCUUUUGAUGGAAGCUCUUGUCUCAAAAUAGCUGAAGGCUUAAAGGGAAGCAUUGAAGUAGAGAUCUGGAACAAACUAUGGAAUGGAUUACAAAGUGCGGCUAAUGGCUCAAUGGCACGAUAUCAAUAUUCCGUUCCACCAGUAUACUGAAAAAUGUUACACAAAACAAGACAACCAGUCUACUGAAAAAAUUUAACAAGUUAGUGAACAUCUAGUUCACUGAAAACUGUUUAUUGGUUUGGGGAAGAAAGAUGGAUUGUUUUAAGAAUUAUUGAGUCACUUGUUAAGAAGAUGGAAGAACAGUUUUUGACAAAAAAGGAUGUAUUUGAUACUAGAACAGAAGUUGUCAGUAGUGCCAAAAUAUGGUUAAGAAUUUUGUUUUGAAGAGGAAUAAAUGUUUCAGUUUGAUGUGAAAGAUAUAGGAGCACAUUUUGGAGGAGAGUUCCAUUGUGUUCUGCUUUUGUAAAUACAGAAAUUUAGCAGAUUUUUUGUCUACCAACAGUAGGAUUAUAUCAGUCAUUGAUAAUAUGGAAGAUUUUUACUUUUACUGAAGUAUUGACAUGUUUUAAUUGAAAAUGUUUAGUACGCAAAGUUUCCUUUUGCAGUUAUAUAUAGCUAUCUAUAUCAUAGUUAUCUUCUUUUUUAAUAUCUACGACUAUUAUAUACAUAUAAUGUUCAGAUUUAAGACUGUUUAAAGUCAAGGGUUAGAAGGAUUUUAACUUACAAUUUUGAAUUCAUAUAUCAAACUUUCUUUCAUUACAAAUUCAUAUCACUACAUCAUAAUAUAACCUGGAAAUGUUUAAAUGAGCUAGGCAUUAUCUUCAAUCUAAAAAGUCGUAAAAAUGCAGUAUUAUAUGUAACGAUUUUAAAAUACAGUCAAACUUUGUUCUCUCCAACUCACAUUUUAUGUAACUGUUACCUUGAAAUUAAAAGUAACACAUAUUAUCAGCAGCCAAUCAAUAUGUAGUUUAAUUAUUUCUUCCCAACUUGAUACCUGAACAAGUGUAAACUACUGCGCAUGUGCAAUGCUAUCUUCAUGCCCCGUUAAGACAGAAAGUUGUGUGUGUAAACACAGGUGUCCGUGAGGUAUCAGUAAAAAACCGAACAUUAUACAGCCUUGUAAUUAGUGGUUUGUUGUAGACAUGAAGAACAAAUAUCUAAAUUAUCUAGAUGAAACAGUUACGUAAAUAACAACAAAUAAAGCGUUUAUUACAUGUGUCCGGAAACUGGGCCUGUCCGGAUACCAGUUCUCAACCAGUACAUUAUUUAUGAAUUUUGCUGGGACAUGAUUGUGAGUUUGAGCAAAUAGUGGUGUUUGAAUUAAGUUUAAGUGAACGAAGUUCAACUGUAUAUUUAGUUUUUAAUGAACUGUGAAAUACAUGUAAAUGAAACUGUAUAAAUAAUAUUUUUUUCUUUAAACAUGACACUGUACAAAGUAAAACAUUAAUGUUAAUUAACAUAGUUUUUCUGCAUAAUUACACCACAGUAAUAGUUCAAAGGUGUGUUAUAUUUGUCCGAGGUUUUAUCAUUCAUACUGAUGUAUAGCAAUGUCAUAAAAGUUGCAAAUUAUGAGAAAUAACAGGCUGUUUAAUCGUGAAAGUAUAUGAAAAAAAUUUGGUAUGCUCUGGUCAUUACAGAUCUGUCAAAUAAUAUUUUUGCGAGUUUAAUAAUGCACAUGUUUGAAUAAUUGUAAUAGGGCCUAUUUACUGUAAUGGUAUGAUAAAUAAUUCUUGUUGCAUUUCAGGCACAGUAAAUUAUCACUUCAUUACAGUUUUAUCAUCUUUACCAUGACUCAUAUGUAAAUAGAUUAAUUUUUCAUUUAAGUUUCUGAAAUUCUAAUGUUGAGGAUCUUGUUUGAUACAUUUAUUUUAUUGUAGAUACAAAAAAGAAAGAUAUAAUUAUAAUUUUUUUUGUUGUUAAAAUUCUACAUUUUAUGUUUUCAUUUUGUUGUAAAUAAUGCAGUAUUAUAUGUAAUGGAAAUUUAAAAAGAGCAUAGGUCAUAAAUAUAAUAUAAAAGUGUUAAAAAUGGAAAGUGGCUUUAUUGUGUUAUAUGUUAUAUGUUUAAGUGCUACAAUGUAAAUUUUGUUUGUGUUAAGUGUUAGUCAGUUUAAACAAGACGUUCAGGGAAAUUUCAGAAGAAAAUCAAAUUGUAAUACUCUGAAAACAUUUGGUGCAAUAUUUCAAAACGGCUGUUGUAACAUUGUUUAAUAUCAGAAAUUCUGUCAAAUAAAAACUCAUGAUUGAAAUUAAAUAGAAAACUUUCAUAAAUGUUUCACAAAAAUUCAUUUUUUCUUAGUUACUUCAUCAGGAAUUAUUUUUCUUUGAACUUCAAGCAUAUCAGCCAUUUAGAUCCCACAUGUGUCAUGUAACAAUGAGAAAUUGUGGUAAUUCAUGACAGUUGAAACAAAAAAGAAAACAUCGCAAGUGAGUGUAAACCUGACAAUAAAUUAUAAUUCAGAAAAGAAUUACAAUCAUGUUGUUCAAAAAAUGUUUGUAACUGCAUAAUAUUUUUUGCUUUAAAGGUCCAUUACUAAGGGAAAGUGAGUUGGCAAUUUUUUUCAUAGCCAGUGCAUAGACUUCUGCAAGACACUAAAUAAUGAAGAUUGGCAGGUCAAAAUUUACAGAAGGUCUUUGGAACUCAAAGAAAUGUAUGUGUAUUAUGUUGAAAUUUCAAUGAAUCGACAGAAUGACCCCCCAGGUCUUUUUAACUUUCUUCAUACUUCAUAGAAAAAUAAUUGUACAUAUACUGCGAUUUUUUUCGAAUUUCUACAUACCAACUUUCAUUUUCCAAUAAAAUGAAAUAAUUUCUGUGCUUUUUAAAAGAAAUUUAAAUGUUCACUUUCCUUAGUAUUGGACCUUUAAAUAGAUAAAAUUUCAUGGUUACACAACUAUUGGAAUUGCUUACUGUGUUGAAAAUGCACCAUAUAUAUAUGUAAAAUUGCUGGCUUUUUUUUUUUGGUAAUAAUGAAUCUUAUGUUUAGUUAUGUGUUAUUUUGUACAUGUAUAUGUGUGGCACUAGUCAAAAGCACAUUUUUUUUAUUUUGUAGAUGAUAAGGGGACAUGGUCAUAUAAUAAAUCUCAUAAUUGAGUUGUCUGUGUCUAUAUUUAUUUAAGGAAAAUGAUCUCUGUCAUCUGUUGAUUCAUUCAGUUUUUAUUUGCAACAUUGCUCAUCAUUAGACAUGCUUGUUUCAUCUAUUAAUGAACUCAAAAAUGUUGUUCUUGACUUAUAAUCAACUCAUGAUUGAAUUUUUGUAAAUAUAUUUAUACUAUAAUUUCGUACCUUUUAGGUGCAGCAUUUAUAAGGCAGGGUCCCAACUUCUACCAAAAAGUUAAUGGUUUCUUGAUGAUCUGUUUAAGACCGGUGAUUUUUUCAACUUGAAUCACUCUAAAACUUGGCAGAGAUCUGUGUAAUUCUUUUAUCAGCAUAUCAGAUGAAAAAAACAACUAAAUUGUCCUGUCUUGCAGUCUAAGAAAGAAUCAUACAGCAGUGAUACACUCUAAUGAUCAUAUUUUUUUUUUCAUAGACCAUGAGGUAUAUCUUACCAGCAAACUUCUCUAUUUUAAUAUAAUUUCAAAAUCUUGAGUAGCAAGUUAAGGUUUUUUUUUCAGGAACAAACUUAUUAAAGACAUUGUCAUGGUCAGUUAGAAAGGAUUCAACAUUUUCAUAAUGUAGUUCUUAGAAUGAUUUUAAAAUUCAUCUUUUACAUGGAAAUAUAUGGCACAGUUGAGUACACAAAAUUAUUCAACAUUCAUUGAUGCUUUCAUAAAAGUCCUGUAUUAUAUGUUGGCUGUUAUAUGAUGUGUAGUUUGCUAUAUUGUUACAGUUUCUAUAAGCUGUAUGUAUUUGUUAGGUAAUGAAUAAAUGUCUUAUUUUUGAAAUAA